AAAAGCCGUGCCGUCUAGCCGACGAUUACGGGUGACUGAGUGGUCUCUCUCUCUCUCUCUUUAGCUUUCUUCUUUUGUUUCUGAUUCUCCUUUUUAUCUCAGUGAUUCUCCGAUGGUAGAAGAGUCGAAGCAGAAUUCAGGAUUUUGAUUUUGAAGUGUUGUUUCUCGCACGUUAAUGGCGUCUCCUUCUUCUUCGUCUCGCGAAGGACACUACAGGGGAGUGAGGAAGCGUCCCUGGGGUCGUUACGCUGCCGAGAUAAGAGACCCUUGGAAGAAAACUAGGGUUUGGUUAGGCACAUUCGAUACACCUGAAGAAGCUGCUCUAGCCUACGACGGAGCUGCCAGGUCACUCCGCGGUGCGAAGGCCAAGACUAACUUUCCGCCGCCGGUGACCGCGGGUCUCUCGCUCGACCUCAACCUUCCGUCGAGCCACUGGAGUUCGUCAUCCAGUCGCCUCGUUCUCGGCGAGUUUUUACACACGGGCGUUUUGAAAGACAUGAACUCCGUCACCGCAACAGCGGCAGCAGUAGAGUCUUCGCACGUGGCAAGGCGCGAAACUCCAAUCUCCUCCUCAAUCGGCGGUCUCAACGCCUGUCCCGCUCCAGAACUCUCCGCAACGCCGUCGUUUUUGGGUCUAGUCAGGCGCGGUUGCCCCAUUGAUCUCAACGAACCUCCACCAUUAUGGCUAUGAUAAAUAAAUAAAUUAACUUUAAAAAAAAAAAAAAAAAUAGAAAAGCCCAGCUGUUAUUUUCGGGUAUAUCUUAACGACGUCGUUUUAGUUCGGUGUAUCAGUGUUUGUGAUAUUUUGGAGAAUUUGAUGAUCGCGAGCCCAGAUAUAAUUAUUAAUGUAAAUCUACUACUUUUAUUUUUUA